CGCGCCUCUCGAGGAAGUUUGCCCUUUAAUUGCAGAGCCCAGAUCUCCGUCGCAUCAACUUCCAGGAGCGGGCAGCGGGCGCCGACGGGAGUGUCAGUCCCUCCCGCCCGGGGAGUGGGCCGGGCAGCCGCGGCGCUCAGCAUCCUCCCGCACCGUCGCCAUGGGCGGCUCGGCCUCCAGUCAGCUGGACGAGGGCAAGUGCGCCUACAUCCGAGGGAAAACUGAGGCUGCUAUCAAAAAUUUCAGUCCCUUCUACAGUCGCCAGUACUCCGUGGCUUUCUGCAAUCAUGUACGCAGUGAAGUAGAACAGCAAAGAGAUUUAACAUCACAAUUUUUGAAGACCAAGCCACCAUUGGAGCCUGGAACUGUUUUGUAUGAAGCAGAGCUAUCACAGUUUGCUGAGGACAUAAAGAAAUGGAAGGAGAGAUAUGUUGUGGUUAAAAAUGACUUUGCUGUGGAAAGCUAUGAGAACAAAGAGGCCUAUCAGAGAGGAGCUCCCCCUAAAAGCCGAAUUCUUCCAGCUGGUGGCAAGGUGUUAACAUCAGAAGAUGAAUACAGUUUAUUAUCUGAUCGGCAUUUCCCAGACCCUAUUGCAUCCAGUGAGAAGGAGAACACGCAGCCUUUUGUGGUCCUGCCCAAGGAAUUCCCGGUGUACUUGUGGCAGCCAUUCCUCAGACACGGCUACUUCUGCUUCCAGGAGGCCGCUGACCAGAAGAAGUUCAGUGCUCUCCUGAGUGACUGUAUCAGACAUCUAAAUCACGAUUACACAAAGCAGACAACGUUUGAAGUCCAAGCCUUUUUGGAAGCCGUGCAAUUCUUUCGACAGGAGAAGGGACACUAUGGCUCAUGGGAAAUGAUCACUGGGGAUGAAGUCCAGAUCCUGAGUCACCUGGUGAUGGAGGAGCUCGUGCCAACCCUUCAGACAGACAUCCUGCCUAAAAUGAAGGGGAAGAAGAAUGACAGAAAGAGGGCCUGGUUCGGGCUCCUCGAAGAGGCCUACAACCUCGUUCAGCAUCAAGUUUCAGAAGGGUUAAGUGCCCUGAAGGAGGAAUGCAGGGCUCUGACGAAGGGCCUGGAAGGAACCAUCCGUUCAGACAUGGAUCAGAUUGUGAACUCAAAGAACUUUUUAAUUGGGAAGAUCAAAGCGAUGGUGGCUCAGCCGGCAGAGAAAAGCUGUGCGGAGAGUGUGCAACCAUUCCUGGCAUCCAUUCUGGAGGAGCUCAUGGGACCAGUGAGCUCAGGAUUCAGUGAAGUACGCUCACUCUUUGAAAAAGAAGUGGAUGAGCUUAGCCAGAACUUUCAGACCACCAAAGACAGUGCCCAGCUAAAGGAGCAGCUAGACAGGCUUAUGAAUCUUCCACUGGAUUCCGUGAAGAUGGAACCUUGUUAUAGUAAAGUCAACCUGCUUCAGGAGCACCUGCAGGAUCUCAAGAGCCGAUUCAGAUUCCCCCACAUCGAUCUGGUGGUCCAGAGGACGCAGAACUACAUGCAAGAGCUAAUGGAGAAUGCGGUAUUCACCUUUGAGCAGCUGCUUUCGCCACAUCUCCAAGGAGACGCCUCCAAAACCACAGUCGCCAUUGAGAAGGUUAAGCUCCGAGUCUUAAAGCAAUAUGAUUAUGACAGCAGCACCAUCCGGAAGAGGAUAUUUCAAGAGGCGCUGGUUCAAAUCACACUUCCCACCGUGCAGAAGGCACUGGCGUCCGUGUGCAAACCGGAGCUUCAGAAAUAUGAGCAGUUCAUCUUUGCAGAUCACACCAAUAUGAUACAUGUUGAAAAUGUCUAUGAGGAGAUUUUACAUCAGAUCCUCCUUGAUGAAACUCUGAAAGUGAUAAAGGAAGCGGCUAUCCUGAAGAAACACAAUUUGUUUGAAGACAACAUGGCCUUGCCCAGUGAAAGCGUGUCCAGCUUAACGGAUCUAAAAACUCCUGCGGGGUCAAACCAGGCCAGCCCUGCCAGGAGAGCCUCGGCCAUCCUGCCAGAAGUCUCAGAUAGUGAGGUCCUGAGUAACGAGGUCUUCCAGGAGUCAGGGGAGAAGAAACAGCCAGGGGUCCCUAGUCCAGUGGCCAAAGGAGAAAGCCUUUCUCUCCCUGUGCCCGGCCCUCCCCUAGAUGGGGACGGGCAGGUCAUCAUUUCGAGCAUAGAUGACCCUGUUGUGAGUCCUGUGCCUGCAGGGGACACAGCAGGAGCCCUGGGCACACCCUCGUCAGAGCGGGAGUUUGGAGAGACUCCUGAGGACCAAGAAGCCACCCAGGCAAAGCCGGAGCCCACCUCUGCCCCGGGCUGCUUGAAGGAGCUCAGAAAUUUGUUGACGGUGACCAUUGAAGUACCAGGGGAGCCUGCUGCACUUGAGAUUGAAAAAGAUACAAAUAAGGAGACCCUUGUUCCCCAAGAAAUUGAAAAAGGAGAGGAAACAGCCCUCGUCUACCCAGAGGCCAAUCAGGCAGCUGCCUCCAGUCCCGACAGCUGUGAAGAAAGCGACGUCAGUGAGAGGGAGGCCCCUCCUCCUGCCCCUCCGGAGGCCGAGGCCGGUGGGGUGGGGUUGGGGGCAUCUCCAGAGGCUCAGCCAGCCUGUGAGGGGCUCAGCGAGGGUGCUGGGGGCCCAGGCCCCACAGAGGAGCCCGCGGAGACCGGGGAGCCCACUGAGAGGGCGCUCACCGCGGGGGCUUCCGGACGGGACGCCCUUGAAGGAGGAGGGCCCGCGUGCAGUGUGGAGGCAGAGGCUGUGUCCCAACGAGGUUGCACGUUCCGUGCUGACCCCAUCAGCCCCAGUGAGAGCCAGGGUUCUGUGGAAGAAGAGGCGGUGGGAGGGAGGAGCAGCACAGCCCAGGAUACCGCCAGCGUGGAGGCAGAGGAGAGUAAGGCUGCCCACGGUGGCGCGUGUCAGUGGGUGGUCGAGAAUGAUGUAAACACCGAUAUCCUAGAUUCGCAGAAAGAAGAUCCCCCAGCACAGCCCUCCGAGGAAUGAAAGGGACAAUGUGGCAAAAGUCUUUCUUUGAACAAACUCAGCCAAAAGGAUACCGCUAAAGGUACACUUAGGGGUUGCAUGCAGGUUGUUAGGUUACCAAAAAAACCAAAAAAUCAACAAAAAAACCCAAAACCCACAAAAUGUAUUAAGUACUUCCUUGAUUUGUAUCAUGAAGCUAGAGCGAAUGCACACAGGGCAUGAGCACUGAGGCACACCUUUGUGUAAUUGAACUGUUCUACCAUGAAUUAUUGCUUUAGCAUUUUAAUAGGAAUUACAAAGGUAAUGGAGUGUGUGGGGUGAGGGACAGCUGAGGGUGUCCAGGGAGGGAGUCGCUGUGGUGAAGGCGGAGAAGACAGUCGGAGCCCUCUGCACGUUCUCUUCUAAUGCACUUUAAUGCUUUUUAAUUGUUUGCAAGAAUGCAAAGGUAUACUGUAAACACAGCUUCACCAUCUACUUACUAUACCAGCCUCACCGUCUCUUAAGGACUCAGCAUUCAUCCACAGUCAGGCUGCAAGAAAGUGAGGUGGUGAACCUCAGUCCCCCCUGCUGUGUGCAGCCCCACAGAGCCUGAGAGAUCGCGCCUGAGACAUCUCAGGGGGAGCUGAGCGGAAACGGAGGAAGGUUGUGGUCUGUGCAGCUGUCUGGGCCUCUUACUAAUUCUGCUAUCAAUUUCUUGCUAAUUAAUCUUGUUAAUUCUUAUUAAUUAAUCGCUUUUUGGAGAAAAUCAGAUGAGGCAAGGAAAUUUCCUUGGCAUGUUUAAGCCUGAAAGCAUUCCAAAUUAGCCUUAGACUGUGCAGAGAAAGAGCUUAGCUGAAUUAUCGAGCAUAAAACCUACCAAUUAAGCAAACAUUAUUUGAACAGCUAUUCUAUGCCACGUGCUGUGUUAGGCAAAGUAACCAAGAAAAAAAAAAAAAAAGAAA